AUGAUCAUAUGGGAUGAAGCUCCAAUGAGUGAUCGCCGCUGCUUCGAGUUUCUUGAUAAAUCACUAAAAUAUGUCCUUGAAAAUGAUAACCAUCUUUUUGGUGGGAUGUUAAUACUCCUAGGAGGUGGCUUUCGACAAAUGCUUCCUGUUCAACCUAAAAGUAGAAAAUCACAAAUAAUUUUUGCCUCAUGGCUGCUCGAUAUUGGAAAUGGAAAUAUCGAAACACCAGAAAGGAAUGAUCCGGAAAGCACAAACAUUAUACAAAUCCCUCAGCGUUUCCUUAUCCAAUCAAGAGACAAAGCAUUAGAAUCACUAAUACAUUUUGUAUAUGGAAAAGAUAUAAUUUCCAAUCCAUCACCUCAGGAUUUAUCUGUUAGAGCCAUUAUUCGUCCAAAAAAUGAAACUGUUGAUCAAGUCAAUGCUUUGAUACUAUCAAAAACCGGUGGUCAAGGGGUGGUGUACAACAGUUGUGAUUCCAUUAAAUCACAAACCCAUGAUAACUUAGAAUUAGAUGCCUUAUAUCCCAAGAGUAUUUAA